CCGGAGUUGUCACAAGUGAACACAGGUGACCUGGGACGCGCCAAGCUCCGCUGACAACAUCACAACCAGCGGAAAUAAAAACAAUUAGCAGCUGGAGUGCAAGUGGAGUGUAUCAUCCAUUUUUCUGAAAUUAUUAAUGACACAUAAUGCCUUUUUUUCUUUUUGCGUAGUUUGUGUUUGAGGAUACGAGCGAUUCCACUGACCGCAUUGGAGCGCACUGGUGGAAGACCCACGUAUUUUCCAGAACCUGCACUCCCAACUUCGUAUCAUCUGACCUUCAGAGCGUUUUCCAGUCCUCUCCAGGGUGUCCAGAGAUGUAGGGAGCAGUGGGAGGAGCACCCCCCCCCCCUUCUCACUCUCUCAGCACCACUUUACUUACAAAGAGGUAACCAUGGUUGACAGAGGAAGAACAAUGAUUCCAAGCACCACCCUCCUUUUUGAAGCUUCCAGUCUGUUAUUCGAACUCAAUCAGCAUGACAGAGUGAACUCCAGCCUUGUCCUCAUCAACACUCACACUUGAGUUAAUGAGAGAAUCACUGACAUGAUGUCAGCUGGUCCUUUUGUGGCAGGGCUGUAAUGCAGUGGAAAUGUUUUUGGGGGAUUCAGUUAAUUUGCAUGGCAAAGAGGGACUUUAAUUAAUCUGAUCACCCUUCAUAACAUUCUGGAGUAUAUGCAAAUUGCCAUCAUACAAACUGAGGCAGCAGACUUUGAAAAUUAGUAUUUGUAUCAUUCUCAGAACUUUUGGCUACAACUGUAGAUCAUAAACGGUGAGUAGCAGCGGCGUGCCGAGCAGUUGCCAUACCAAGCGGUGAUGCAACCAGUCGAUGGUGCAGCUGUAGAACUUUUUGAGGAUCUGAGGACCCAUGCCCAUGCCCUCUUCACGACUGUACUUGGUGUGUUUGGACCAUAAUAGUUUGUUAGUGAUAUGGACGCCAAGGACCUUGGAGCUCUCUACAACAUGCAGGGAUAUUGGACUGGAGUGAUACUGGAGUGAUACUGGAGUGAUAGUGGUGGCUUCCUCUCUCUCUCGGGCUGGACUGUGGUGCAUCUGCGUCUGCACGCCCCCCCCUCCCCCCUCGCCCUCCAGCCAUGGCCUCGCGAGUAGGGCUGCGUCUGCAGCUAAUGCGAGACCAGCUGCAGCAGGAGGAGCAGCGGGAGCGGCAACAGCAGCAGAAUGCGGCGCUGCAGUACAUUCAACAGCAGAGUAUGUCUGUCCCUGCUCCCAGCCCUGCCAUCAACGCUCCACAACACUACCAGAGCAUGCAGGUUCCUGUUGAGGUGCUCAAGGUCCAGACUCACUUGGAGAACCCAACAGACUACCACAUCCGCCAGUCCCAGAGACAACAGGUGAAGGAGUACCUCUCCACCACCUACGCCACCAAGCAGACUGUGCAUGCAGUAACAGGUGUGGUGCAGCCCUCCCCUCCCCCUCCCCACCACUCCCCCCGGCUCCGUACGGAGCAGCUCAUCACAGGAAACAGCGCCCCCAAUAGCCCCAUGGCCAUGCUCAACAUCGGCUCCAGCCACGAGAACGAGGUACACGAGAUGGAUGAGGUCAUCGAUGACAUCAUCAGCAUGCAGUCGAGCUAUGAUGACAUCCAGCAGUAUAUUGACCCUCUUCAGACGUCCAACACUCUCCCUCUGUCCAGCAGUCACCUGGACGUGUACACGGGCCCUGGGAUGACAGGUCAAUCUAUCGCCAUGACAAGCAAUUCCUGCCCUGCCAACCUGGCCAUCAAACGAGAGCUGACGGAAACCCGUGCAAUGGCCAAAGAGAGACAGAAGAAAGACAACCACAACCUGAUUGAGAGGAGGAGAAGGUUCAACAUCAACGACCGCAUUAAAGAGCUGGGCGGCAUGAUCCCCAAAACCAACGACCUGGACGUGCGCUGGAAUAAGGGCACUAUUCUGAGGGCAUCCGUAGAAUACAUCAAGCGUAUGCAGAAGGACAUGCAGAGGACCAGAGAGGUAGAGAACAACUUCAAGAGGAUGGAGAUGGCCAACAAACAGCUGUGGCUGCGCAUCGAGGAGUUGGAGAUGCAGGCUCGUCUGCACGGCCUCCCCAGCUCCUCUCCCCCUGGGAUGGGUUCUGGGGACCUGAUGGGUUCCUACAUUAAACAGGAGACCAGCCCUGAGGAGAAGCUCCAGCAGCAGCAGGCCCAGCACCAAGCUCUUUCCCAGGGCCAACAACACCUCCACCACCCCCAGUCCCACCACAUUCAGCCCCAGCAGGGCCAGCCCAGACAGCUGCCUCCUCUCCCCCCUCAUCUCCAGCCCCAACUUCCCCUCCAGUACCCAGCUGUGGGCAGCUCUCAGCCCUUUGACUUUGCCCAGUCGCUGGACUUGUGUGACGGGGUUCCUGGCUACCCGGAGGGCUUGUCAGGGCUAGGGGAGCUUGGCCUCCUGGGUACCCAGGGAAGGAGAGGCGACCUGGGCUUCCUGAUGAUGGACGAGCCCCUGUCUCCUCUGGGUGGAGACCCUCUGCUCUCUGCCAUGUCUCCUGAGGCCUCGGUUGACUCCAGCCGCAGAUCCAGCUUCAGCAUAGAGGACACAGAUAUACUGUAGAGGGAGUGUACACACACACACAGACACAGGCACAUAUGGUACGUACAGAACACCCAAUGGACAUACACCCCGAGAGCACUGAUAUACUGUGAUAUAUGUUUUUGCUCUGUUCCUCAACCCUGCUACAUAUGCACUCCAGACGCCCUCACAUACACUGUAAGCACUCGUGUAGAAACUGUACACACACUGAGACAUACUUAAACACACACACUCAAAAUUAUCAUGGAUGCACACCCUUAACACUCACAUUCAACAGCAAUAUGAGAAACCAAACCCAUGUUUCGGAUUGCAAUAGUUGUUCCCUACCACUGUAAAUAUCAGAGCACCUCUAAAUGAUACACAAUCGAGUACACACACAAAUACACAAUGAGCACAGACAGCUUCUUGUUCACUCUAACACAGAAGGGCCCCUGUUAUUUGAAGGGAAAUAUGUGAGGGACUGCCAACGGUUUAACACACACACACACCCUUCUUCUGUAAAACACACUGCCAUGACCUCUAUGGUACUGCCAUCUCCUGUGUGAUCUAUGACCUUUAGCCUUUAGGGUACUGCCAAGUCUACUCCAUGACCUCUGACCCCUGUGUGAAUGUUGAGGAGAGAUGGAUUGGCCCUGCAUUGUGAGAUAGUGUAGCGAUUGAAGAGGUUAUGUCGCUCCACAGUGUAAGUAAUUCCACGUAGCGACUCAGGAUCUUCUGUAGCCCAGUCCUUAACCUGCCAACGUGCCUUGUGUUAGCCACCUGAAGCCUCACUCUAUCUGGGUGGAGAGUGUGGAGAGUGAAGGAGUGGGUUGUGUUUUUGUAUAUUGUAGUGCAGGGUUCCCCAACUGGCGGCCUGCGCUACAAAUUUUCCCCACGGGUGAUUUAUUUGGCCCCGCAAGUUUUCCCGAGACACUUAAAAAAAAAAAAUGAUUGUUUACAUAAAAGACUGUUAAAUGCCAGAAAAUCAGCUCCAAGUGAUUUUAGGGGUAGUAAAAUAAAUGUAUUCCCACGCAUAAAAGUAUUCCCAAGCGUAAUAUAUGUGAUUGUAUACAAAUGUAAGAAAGUUUUGAAAUUAUGUUUUGAUAUCUGUUUGGGCUUCUUGCAGUCUACAAAUUCUUUGUAAUUAUGUUCUGGCCCCCUGACCAUCCGCUCAAGAAAAAAUUGGCCCGCAGCUGAAUCUAGUUGAUGAUCCCUGUUGUAGUUUGUAGUUAGGAGAUAGAGGAGCAGUCAAAUAGAUUGGUCUGUAGUGUCGUAUUCCGCACUGUAAAAACACAGCACCAGCCUAACACACACACACGCACACAAAGCAGUGUGCCAUUAGGCUGUGUUCAAAUCAACACUUUGAGCGAGACUUUAGUACCUCACCCGGUUUGUGCUUGUAGAACUGCCAGCUUUGGGUCAGCCAGAUAAAACUACACACACUCACCAGGUAGAAACCAAACCAACCAUGUAGAAACCAAACUACGGACGUACAAUACAUGAAUAAACUAACAGGUAACAAAUGAGUUUGGAUGAGGGACUGGGGGUAACACUUUGAUUUGAUAUGGCUUAUGAUCAGUAAAGAAAAAAAGGAAGAAACAUGAUGAUUUAAAAGGUAUUUGUUUGUAUUCUUGUUUAUAGUUGGUUUUAUUUUAUCUCCCAAAGCACUGGAACCUAAUAUUUUUAUUGACUUUGUACAUAAAAUAAUUUAUGAAAUUAGUUUUAUUUCAUAUGUUUUAUGCCACUAAGCCACUUAAAUGUAUUUGUCCUUUUUUAUUUGAUUUUAUUCCAAACGUACCUUUUUCCUCUAACAGCCAUUUAAAUAUGAAAGUAUUUAAGCCACUAGUGUGAAAGUGUACGUACGACCAGUGGGGAGACAUAUUCUAUACUUUUCUUUGUGUGAAGAACUGUUCAAAUGUCACCUGAGAACAUGUACAAUUAUAUUAUGCCAUUUUUAUAUUGAUUGGGAUUGGUUUCUCUUUUUUAACCUCUAGAAAUUGGAACCAGAGACUGUUGAGAGGUGAUUUAUUUGAUUUUAUUCUGUUUUAAUUGUGCUUUUUGUGAAUGUGAAUAUGGCCUGUAGUACUGGUCCCCAGCCAAACCCAAAUACCACAAGAGAAGGGUAUUUUCCUUCAUGGUCUUGAUUUCCGUGGAGAUAACUACCUUCUAAUGGUACUCAGAAAUACCAUUGAGGAGAUCCGUUGGCAUAACCUUGAACAGACCUGACUUUCUCUCUCUCUCUCUCUCUCUCUCUGUCUGCCAGACUUUGCCUUUAUCCUAAUCAAUUGUUUUAUUUGAGUUUUUAUUGUCCAGCCGACACGCCAAAGAGCUUGUCUGCAGAUAAUGUGGCGUGUUGUCCCCUCUUUGACUGUCCCCCUCCUGCAUGUCACUGUAUGGGACUGAAACUGGCUGACUGGGCAGGGGAAACUGGCAUUCUGGUUUUGCUUUGGAUAUAAAAUGUUUUACCAAAAUCUGAGGA